CGCGAGGGUGGGCAGGGCUACGCAGGCGCUCAGGCCGCCUGGGCUCCAGAGCAUAAACAAGAGCAGGGACGGAAUGAGGCGGCGGUUGAACCCCGCGCAGCGAGUGGCGGCGAACGGGAGCCGGCGCCGACCCUGAGUACAGCGCGCUCCCUUGGGCCGCCAGGCGCGCUCCCGCGAGCGGACGUCCGAGCCCGCCGCGCGCGCAGCCAUGAACCUGGCGAGCCAGAGUGGCGAGGCCGGCGCCGGCCAGCUGCUGUUCGCCAACUUCAACCAGGACAACACGUCCCUAGCUGUUGGUAGUAAGUCCGGUUAUAAAUUUUUCUCCCUUUCUUCUGUGGAUAAACUGGAACAGAUCUAUGAAUGCACCGAUACUGAAGAUGUGUGCAUUGUGGAAAGGCUGUUCUCAAGCAGCUUAGUGGCCAUCGUGAGCCUCAAAGCUCCCAGGAAGCUGAAGGUUUGCCACUUUAAGAAGGGAACCGAGAUCUGCAACUAUAGCUACUCCAACACCAUACUGGCCGUGAAGCUCAACAGGCAGAGGCUCAUUGUAUGUCUGGAAGAAUCACUCUAUAUACACAACAUCCGGGACAUGAAGGUACUGCACACCAUCCGGGAGACACCCCCUAACCCUGCGGGUAAGCCAUUGGUAGGAGGAGGAUCAGCCUGGCAAGAUUGCUCAGCAGGCUUGUGUGCACUGUCGAUAAACAAUGACAACUGCUACUUGGCGUAUCCAGGGAGUGCGACCAUCGGAGAGGUGCAGGUCUUCGACACCAUUAACUUGAGAGCUGCAAACAUGAUCCCAGCUCACGACAGUCCCUUAGCAGCACUGGCUUUUGAUGCAAGCGGGACCAAGCUUGCCACUGCUUCUGAGAAGGGGACCGUGAUUAGGGUAUUUUCCAUUCCAGAGGGACAAAAACUCUUUGAGUUCCGGCGAGGUGUGAAGAGGUGUGUGAGCAUAUGCUCACUGGCCUUCAGCAUGGAUGGCAUGUUCCUGUCCGCGUCCAGCAACACCGAGACUGUGCACAUCUUCAAACUCGAGGCUGUGAGGGAAAAGCCUCCUGAGGAGCCUACCACCUGGACCGGCUACUUUGGGAAGGUACUUAUGGCAUCGACCAACUACCUGCCCUCACAAGUGACAGAAAUGUUCAACCAGGGCAGGGCCUUUGCCACCGUCCGCCUGCCUUUUUGUGGUCACAAGAACAUCUGCUCCUUAGCCACAAUUCAGAAGAUCCCACGGUUGCUGGUGGGAGCAUCAGAUGGCUAUUUGUACAUGUACAACCUGGACCCUCAGGAAGGAGGCGAGUGUGCGCUGAUGCGCCAGCACAGGCUUGAUGGCAGUAUGGAGACAACCAAUGAGAUCGUAGACUCUGCCUCUCAUGACUGCCCCCUAGUAACUCAGACGUAUGGCACAGCAGCAGCCAAAGGUGCUUAUGUGCCCUCAUCCCCAACAAGACUUGGUAAGGGGCAGGACGCCAACCUAGAAGCCUACACAGAUGACCUAGGUGCAGUGGGUGGUAUGUGCCUGGAAGAUGAAGCUAGCACCCUGCGCCUGGACGAAGACAGCGAGCAUCCUCCCAUGAUUCUCCGGACUGACUGACCCUGACCUGUGAACUCUGGCCUGGGAUGCUGGCCUGGCAGAGGACUCAUGCAUUGCUGCUAUGAACUUUGACCUGAAUUAGGGGAGAGGAUGGCAGAGACUUUCCAAAAAAGAUUGUAGUGAUAGUUAACUGUUGGGAAAAUACACUAUUUUCACUUUAGUGGUUAAUUCUGCUUAUGAAUUUUAGCUUUUUCUCUCCCCCCCUUCCUCUCCCCCUCCCUCCCUCUUCCCUCCCCCUCUUUGCCAAAAUUAGCUGUUUGAUGAAGUCCAUGGUGUCUCCUCGCUUUGCAUGCAUGAUGUACCAAGCCAGUAUAGGAGAGCUAGCAGCCACUCUGCAGCAAACCGCAGUUCUCGGGUCUAACGUCUACAUUGAGGGGUGUGAGAGAGCAGCAGCAUGCAGUGGUGCUGUUCUUUGAGGCUGGUUCUUCAGGGACAGCCUAGGGCUGUGCCCUGACUGGGACCCAUCAGGGUACCAGUGGACAGUGGCCUCCAUCAGGAGUCCUCUUGCCCUGCAGCCCCACCUGAAACCAUUUCCCCCCAUUUUAUUUUAUGAAUUAAACUCUCCAAAUUGGAUCAUUCUGAGACUCCCUUCCUCCACAGUGGGCUUGUCCCUGGUAGUGCACCCCAUGGGCAUCUUGCAAGGGAGAGAAACGGUUUCUACCUUUCUACCUGCCUUUCUCACAGGCGAACUUCAAGACACCCCAAGAAUCUGGGAAAGUGAUUGUGUCAUUAAGUGCUCUAUCUCUAUACUUACCAUCACAUAACUGUGACUUGGUUUUGGUAUUUUAAGGAGAGUUUGUAGCUACACAGAAAAACACAAAGGUAAGAUGCUAAGAUGGACUUGGUUGUCUUCCAGUCCAGAGCUUCACUGUCUGCCAGACUCCUCCCUCCUCAGAAGUAGCAGCGACGUGUGAGAUGCCCAGGAGAGAAGCCAGUAGACACUCCUCGCCAGGGUGAUGUGCCUUUUCUGUAUCAGUCUUUCAAGUGUGCAUCAGAGUGAUGGAGGCUAAGGUCCCAAGUUGUGAUAUCUCCCUAUCUUCCAUCGUCUUGAUUUUUUGGUGGGAUUGAAGGAAGAAGGGUCUCACAUUACAGCCCAGGCUGGCUGGAACUCACUUGGCAGCCCAGACUGGUCUGGAACUUGCAGCAAUCCACCUGUCUCAACCUCCCAAGAACUGGCAGGCCUGCACCACUAUGCCCAGCUCCUUUUUCAGUUUUGCAGAAUUAAAACAACUCACCUGCCUCGACUCUCUACAUUGCAAGCAGAGACCCCAAGCAGUACAAGUUCCAGGGACGUGAACUGGAGCUUGUGGCACAGAACACCGUGGCUCUAGGGUAGGGCCUCUGCAGUGGAGGACAAUGAGUGCAGAAGUGCCCACUCGUCCCAGCCUAGUCAGGCUUCUGGGUGUGGACAGGAAGGACUAUAGGUAGCUGACUUCAGGUCAGGCUGGUAUACAUGGUGGACUAUUUCUAGAGGGUGCCAGUGACGGGACAGACCCACUGAUGUCCUCUCUUGUUGCUGUUCCCAGGCUACCUCCCUAAACAGGGGUACCCACGGACAAACCUGUCUGAGCAGCCAUGCCAAGUGCAUUUUCUUUUCAUGAGAAAGGGAUGGAGCUGCGCAUACCAAGCUGUCCUUAGAAAUCUGGCUGUGCUGGACUCCUUGGACCCCAGCAGAACCCUACCUGGCAGUCUGGCACAGAGGGUGCUUUGCUGGAAGAAGGCCUUCGCUGGACAACCCCUCUCCCAGAGCAAGGCUUGCCUGUCCCCUCAAGCUGGAGCGUACAGAUGGGAAGAGGCUGACAAGUCCAAGGAGACUUGGACCCUCAGCUAGGGUUGCCUAGAACCAAAGAGCUAACCAGAUUCUGGGGCAAAAUGUGACUUGUGUGGUGACUUAACAUAGACUCAUGCUGUGUAGUUUUGGGAUACCAUUUAUUUGCCCGGUUUCAUUCGUCUUCCACAGUCAGUAGACUAAAAAGAUGUGGAAAUUCAUUUCCUCACUUGAAAAUUUGGUCAAGGAAGACAGCCUCCAGUGUCCUGAGGCCAUCUGCCUUCCAGUCUAUGAUCUUGCCAGGGCUGGACUGACCUGCGUCAGACCCGCCCAGUGCAGCCCAUAGAGGGAAGACUGCAGGUUCUCCCUUGAGAAAAGCAAAGGGUUGGUCUCUGCUGACUGAGAGGGAAGCCACUCUGCAGUGGGUGCUUACUAGUGGGACUCACCGCCAUGUCAGAGCCAACUGAAGAAGGGCCCUGAAUUGAUGGAAUACACACACUGGAUUGCUAACUCCCGAAUCCCACACUGGUGGUCCUUUUUAUAUUUUUUCCCAAAGUUCAAAGAAUUUUGAAGCCAGGUGUGGUGGUGCACACCUGUAAUCUCAGCACUCAGGAGGCGAAUGCUGGAGGAUUGCUGUGAGCUUGGGGCCAGCUUGAGCUACAGAGUGAGACCUCGUCUCAAAAAGCCAAAGGGGGAGGAAAAACAUGGGAGUGAGAAGUUUUGAACAGAUUCCUAGACUGGGACCAAAGAUUUUGUAUUUUCUAGAAUGGUUGAACCAAGAUGGAAGUUGGAAGAACUGAACUCACUCCCUCAUCCUGUCCUUGCUAAUGGGGUGAGCCAGUGGUGGUGGGAGCCUGGGGAUAGACUACAAGAGGACCUCACCUCACAGGGCUGUUGUGAGGCAUAUCGGUGUGUCCUGUGAGCCCAGCAUAGAGCCUGGUCAGCAGUGGGUUUCAAUAAACACUAAAACUGAAAUGUC